AUGGUGGGGCUCUCGGAGGGGGAGAAGCACUUCAUCCGCGGCGGCAUCGCGCAGGACCUCCGGGCAGACGGCCGCACGCGGCUGCAGUUCCGGGCCGUCACCGUCGAGACCGGAAUCAUCCCCCAGGCGAACGGCUCGGCGCGUGUUAGGAUGGGUGCGACAGAAGUCAUCGCCAGCGUCAAGGCUGAGUUGGGGAAACCUACAAUUCUUCACCCUGGCAAAGGAAAAGUUUCCAUUUAUGUUGAUUGCAGUCCAACUGCUGCACCUAUGUUUGAGGGUAGAGGUUCUGAAGAAUUGUCGGCUGAACUCUCUGUUGCGCUGCAAAGAUGUUUACUGGGUGGUAAAAGUGGGGCAGGGGCUGCAAUCGAUUUGUCGUCCCUAAUCGUCAUUGAGGGAAAAGCUUGCUGGGAUCUGUACAUUGAUGGACUUGUCGUCAGUUCUGAUGGUAAUUUGCUUGAUGCACUAGCUGCUGCGAUAAAGGUUGCUUUGAGUGAUACAGGUAUUCCAAAAGUUAAUGUUUCCCUGAAUGCUGAAACAGAUGGGGAGCCUGAGUUUGAUAUCAGUGAUGAAGAUUUUUUGCAAUUCGACACUUCCAGUGUGCCUGUUAUAGUUACAUUGACCAAGGUUGGUAAGCACUAUAUUGUCGAUGCCACUUCGGAGGAGGAAUCCCAGAUGAGUUCUGCAGUUUCAGUUUCAGUCAACAGGCUUGGCCAAAUAUGUGGGAUGACCAAGAGGGGAGGCGCAGGGUUGGAUCCAAGCGUUAUUUUCGAUAUGAUAUCUGUGGCCAAGCAUGUAAGCCAACGGUUUAUCUCUCUACUGGACUCGGAGAUUGCAGCUGCUGAAGCUGCAGAUGCUGAAUAAAGAAAAAGAUGCAGAGAAGAUGAUAUCCUGAUGACUACUGACUGUUCCUACCUGCACUUCAAAUGCUUUGCAAGCUAUCUUCCUACUGUAAUUGCCAUUGUUCGCAGUCUUCACUGACUGCUCCUAUCUGCCCUUGCAAAUGUUCUGCAAGAAUGUACUAUCUUCCUGCUGCAAUUGCCAUGGUUCGCAUAGGCUUUUGGUUUUAUGUAGAAUGUCAACUCCAAGCGUGACAAAAUGUUUACGAGUGGUUCCACUUGUUCAGCAAUCAGCACUGUCAAGACUUGCGCCAAGGCGUGCAGCAAGUUGUGCAGCAAUGCAUUAGUUUUCUAGAUUCACAUCUGAUGAUUUUGUU